AUGAAGACUCUGACACUGCUGGCGUGCAUCUGUGCACUGAGUGCUUGCUUCUCACUCAGUGAAGGUCGAAAAAGGCCAUGGAAAACACAGCACAGAAAGAAUUAUGUCCUACAACAUAUAUUAGACCGCCGAUUACCACUGUAUCAAAAAUUUCAACCUAACUGGAAUAUGUUAAUUCAAAAGCAUUUAAUUUUUGGUCCAUACAAAUACCCAAGGCCUUCAUAUCCAAUCAAGAGAAAGCCAAGGCCAAAACAUCGCCAGCCAUCUAGGUGUCCAGUUAAAAAUAACACCGUGGUCAAUAACAACACCUCAGGGGCUACCACUCAAAUCCCAUCUUUGAGUCCCACAUCUACUUCCAACAAAAUUACUGAAUCUCCAGGUGUGACUUCUCUUAUUCAGACUACCACCACAUUUGUAAAAGAAAAUAACACGGGCUCUCCUGCAGUUACCCCAACACCACAACCUUCCCCAGCUUUGCCAGACACCACAGCUGCCCCACUGACAUCUUCCCCACCUCUGCCAGAGCCUACAGCUGCCCCAUCUACAUCUUCCCUAACUACACAAGCACCACAACCUUCCCCAGCUUUGCCGGACACCACAGCUGCCCCACUGACAUCUCCCCCACCUCUGCCAGAGCCUACAGCUGCACCAUCUACAUCUUCCCUAACUACACCAGCACCACAACCUUCCCCAGCUUUGCCGGACACCACAGCUGCCCCAAAUACCACACCUAAUCCUUCCCCAACCACUCCUGCACCUGAAACUUCCCAAACUACAACUGCACCCACACCCCAAACUACCACUCCAGCCACUACUCAAACUACUGUUGAACAAACAACCUCACCUUCCAGCCAAAAUGCAAAUUCUCAAUUCUGCCAAGAUGUUAUUAGCAUUCUGCAUAAAUCUACCAGCACUCCAAUUAUUAUUGAACAUACUCUAGACGUUUCUUCAAUCACCUCUGAAAAUGAAUCCACCCCAGAAAAUACUGCUGCUGAACAAGCUACACAAAAGACUAAAGAUGAAUGCAAAACCACUCCAAACAACCUCCUCAGUGACCACCACCAAAUUCACAAACACCACAAAAACCACCUUUGA